GAGAGAGAGAAGCAACAAAACAAGACAAUGGAAGUUCCUGCAAUUUGAAAUGUCCUUUCGUUCUUCUUUUUUUUUAUUUUCCAAGUUUGUUGUAAUAGAAACACACAAAAAAUGGGAAAUAAACAAGUCGUCUAGCAUUAUGUAAAUGGCGGUCCUUUGUUCGAAAAAUAAGUUUUAGGAAUGGCCCCAACUGUGUUAAACCAAUCAGCGUUCGAAAGCACAGCCCAAACUCGAUGAGGUUCGAGGAACCUUCCAGAAGUCCCACCUCGCUGGCCGGAACUUCAAAAAAGUUCCUCAAUAACUAAAUGUACACAUGCAUAGUUUUUUGGUGGAAACACAGGGGGAACUUUAAUUACUAGGUUAAAUGGGAAAUAUUCUGUAUAAGAUCCUGCGAUGGAAAGGGGCCUAAUGACUCUAUAGUCUACCCAAGUGAUCUUAUUUAACUAAUUUUGCACUGCAGGUAUCAACUCACAUGGAUAUCUGCUGAAUUAGUCAGUUUUAAAGAACUCUUUAUUGUUUUAUAAAAACACUUUUAAAUUAAUUUCCACUAUAUUUUUUAAAUGUUUACCUUCCCCUCAUUUUUUUCAGAAAAGCCUAAUUGAUGAUUCAUGAUGUCAUGAAUAGCAGCAAAAAGGUGAAUACUUUUGAAAUCAAUGCAUUAGGACUUGGACAAGUGGAGUUUUUUUUUUAAUUAAAAAGCAAAUGAAUACUGAUAAAUUCAAGAAUGUGAUUGAAAUAUAAAACUAAUAUUUAAAUAAAUUAAAAAAACACAUUUGAGUUUUAUAAAGGCAGAACAGAACAGUGUGAUUACACUGCAUUGUCUUCAAAUUAAAAUGCUUCUUCAAUAAAUAUUUUAAAAUAUCCUCUCAGCUUCUGUAUUGGAAGUGAGCUUAGUGGCUGCAUAUUUAUAGUUACUUGCCUUCCAUUUUUUUUGGUUUAUUCGCUGACUGCAUUAGUUGUUUUUUUAAUUGAACACAUUCAUUGGCUGUUUCAUUAAUAAAAGAAGUGCUGUGAAAGUAUUCCUAAAACUGUUUUUAAAGCACUACUGAUUUUAUGAACUAUGACGAGGAUAUAUUGCAGCUUAAUGUAAGAAAAAUAAACAUGCUUUUUGAAACAGUUUAUUGAAAUCCCUGAAUCCAUUCAACCGGGAAAAUAGAAUCUGGAAGAAACUUUAACUUUUAUAAUAUAUGAAGAAAAAAUAUUUACUGAUUCUGUAAUUAAUUGGAAUAAUUUUCAUCAAAUUCAGUGCAAAAAAGUAGUUUUUUUUUACAAAUAGGCUACAAUUAUUGUUUCAUACAUCAAACUAUGCUCACGGGGGCGCAGUAGACCAGUUUUCAAAUGCAUGAACGCCCUUUUUCUUUCAUUGAGGACUUACGUUCCGGUCUGAUGUCAGUGAUUUUGUAGACCACAUUGUAUUAUUCUACAGCGCGUUAGGAAGGCGUCCAUGAUGGAUUUUAAACCAUCUUUGUUUCACUGGCGCACCUUUUAUUUGCUCCUCUUUUUGUUGCAUUCUGCAUAUGGAGACGUGAGCUUUUCCUUUCCUGAGGAGAUGAAACGAGGAUCCGUUAUUGGGAAUUUAGCCAAGGAUCUCGGACUGGAGACGAGCGCAUUGUCUGCAAGAAAAGCCCGCAUUGACGCCGAGGGGAGCAACAAACGUUAUUGUGAUCUAAACAUGAAAAGCGGAGAGCUGAUUGUCGCCGACAGGAUUGACCGAGAGGAUCUUUGUGGAGACAAGCCUUCAUGUGUCCUAAAACAUGAGGUCGUGCUGGAGAAUCCUCUGGAGCUUCAUCGAAUUAAUCUGCAUAUUCAAGAUAUUAAUGAUAACGCACCAAUGUUUGAUGAUGACUUGAUUAAUUUAGAGAUACAUGAGUUAGCCAUGAGAGGAGCUCGUUUUGUGAUAGAAGAAGCACAUGAUGCAGACAUAGGACAAAAUUCAGUACAACAAUAUAUGCUUAGAAAAAAUGAUAAUUUCGUUCUUUCUGUCAGUGGUAAGACAAUAGAAUUAGUUCUUGAUAAAGAACUUGACCGUGAAAAACAAAAUGAGAUGAAUUUGCUUCUCACAGCUUUAGAUGGCGGCUCUCCUCAGAGAUCAGGUACAGUAGUCAUACACGUCACUGUGCUGGAUGCUAAUGAUAAUGUACCAGUGUUCAGCCAAGCUGUUUAUAAAGCCAGUCUGCCUGAAAACUCUCCUCCUGAUACGAUAGUGAUUAAUGUUAGUGCUACCGAUGCUGAUGAAGGAGUGAAUGGAGAAGUCAGUUAUGAUUUUGGUCAUGUUACAGAGGAUCUGAAGAAAAUAUUCAGUAUUGAUCGCAAAGAGGGGGCAAUCGGAGUAAUUGGAAAUGUUGAUUAUGAAUCUAGAACAUCUUAUGAAAUACGUGUGAAAGCUAAAGAUGGACUAGGAUUGUCAUCUAAUGCCAAGGUGAUCAUUUCUAUCACUGAUGUAAAUGACAACGCUCCUGUGAUUAAUUUAAAGUCGCUGUCUAAUCCAAUACCAGAGAAUGUGUCACCUGGUACAGAGGUGGGCAUCAUUAAUGUUCAGGACAGAGACUCUGAGAAGAACGGACAAGUCCGGUGCUCCAUACAACCAAAUGUCCCCUUUAAGUUAGUUCCUUCUAUUAAAAACUAUUAUUCUCUGGUGACUACUGGACAACUUGACCGUGAACUAGUGUCUGAUUACAACAUUACAAUCAGUGCCACUGACGAGGGCUCUCCUCCUCUGUCCUCCUCUAAAAGUCUUCACUUAUCUGUAGCGGACAUCAACGACAACCCACCUGUGUUUGAGGAACAGUCCUACAGCGCAUAUGUGAGUGAAAAUAACAAAGCUGGCUCCAUUUUAUGUUCCGUUAGUGCUCGAGACCCCGAUUGGAGACAGAACGGUACCGUGAUUUAUUCUCUGUUAGCCGCUGAGGUGAACGGUGCCCCGGUGUCCUCCUAUGUGUCUGUUUACGGAGACACAGGUGUGAUCCACGCUGUCAGGUCAUUUGAUUACGAACACUUGAGGAAUUUUAAAGUUCACGUCAUGGCCAGAGACAAUGGUUCUCCUCCACUGAGCAGCAACGUGAGCGUCAAUGUGUUCAUAUCGGAUGUGAAUGACAACUCUCCUCAGAUACUGUACCCCUCCCCAGAGGGUAACUCCUUCAUGACCGAGCUGGUCCCCAAAGCUGCACACGGAGGCGCUGUGGUGUCCAAAGUGAUAGCGGUGGAUGCAGACUCCGGACAGAACGCCUGGCUGUCCUAUCAUAUAGUCAAGUCCACUGAUCCGGGACUUUUCACCAUUGGUCUCCACAGUGGAGAGAUCAGGACCCAGCGGGACAUUUCUGAAUCCGACAGCAUGAAACAGAACCUGAUUGUGGCAGUGAAAGAUAACGGACAGCCCCCUCUCUCUGCCACCUGCUCCAUGUAUUUACUUAUUUCUGAUAACCUGGCUGAGGUCCCAGAACUGAAAGACAUGUCUUAUGACGAGAACAAUUCCAAACUGACGUCUUAUCUGAUCAUCGCGCUGGUGUCUGUGUCCACCUUCUUUCUGACCUUCAUCAUCAUCGUCUUGGGUGUGAGGUUUUGUCGCAGGAGAAAGCCCAGACUGUUGUUUGAUGGAGCAGUUGCCAUCCCCAGCGCGUAUCUGCCUCCUAAUUACGCAGAUGUUGACGGCACAGGAACUUUACGCAGCACCUACAACUAUGACGCCUACUUGACAACAGGUUCUAGAACCAGUGACUUUAAGUUUGUGUCUUCUUGCAAUGACAACACGCUUCCUGCUGACCAGACUCUGAGGAAAAGUCCUUCUGACUUUGAUGAGAUGUUUGGAGAUACUCAAGGCUCCCCUGAGGCCCCACAGGUAAGAUGAUAUUUAUUUAUCUUGUUCCUCACCUACGCCAUCUAUCAAAAUAUCACAGCAGUAUUACUCUCAUCAAGAGCACCGAUCAGCUCACACAAUCAAUAUGACAGACACACAGUUGACCCAGAAUGUGUUUCCAUCUGCAAACUGUCUCUUUGGACCACAACUUUCUUAUCCACAGCACACAGUGCACCAAAACAGACAUGUGUAUCAGUAUUGCCCGGAAUUGUAUCCACGCAAAGGCUGUCUAAUGUUGCCCUUUGCAGUCUUGUAAUUCAUGCCGCUAAACUGAUUUUAUUUGGAAGAAGUGCGCUGCUCGUGUACGCUAUGAAUAUUAAUAACUCUGCCUGCUGUUGCUGUGCGGGCAUGGCCUGAAUAAUGCACUAUCAUGAUGUGCACACGGUUGUGAUCUACAGUGGUAUAUGCUGGAAUAGCGUGCACAUUCACAGAGGCUGUAAAAGGACCAUGAUGACUGACUUUACAGGCUUAAUGUUGCAAAUAUA